AUGAAGAUCACACUCGCUUGCAUCGCUCUCCUGGUUUUGGUUGUGGGCCACAGUGCCGAGGCCGUGCAGGUUGAGGAGAACGGCUUGUCUUUCUCCCUGGAGGCCGUCAAGAGGCUCCAGGAGAUGUUCGAGAACGUUGAAAUGCCGCUGCAGAACCCCAGGCUCCGAGCCAGCUUGCCAUCCAUGUGUGAGAAUCCUAUGCUGCCGCAGGAACUGCUGCCUCUGUGCAAGCAGAAGGGGGCUUCGGCGUCACUCGCGAGGCUAGCCAUGGUGCCACUUGAUGUCUGCGAGAUUUGCGCCUUCGCUGCCUGCUCCGGAUGCUAA